CGCUUCCCCAGGCCUACCUGUCUGCCUUACCCAUUCGAACCCAAAAGCGAAACCCAAGCCACGACCCCUGCAGCAGGGGCAAGCAUCGGAACCCUAGAUCUCUCGCACCCGAGGACCAAAACCCUAGAUCCUCCCGCCAUGCACCAGCCCAGAGGCCGCUACCCUCCUGGCUACGGCUCCGGCGGGGGCGGCGGCGGAGGCGGCAACGGAGGAGGAGGAGGAGGCGGGGGUGAGAACCACAACUACUACGGCCGGAACCCGCAGACGCAGCAGCAGCACCACUACCAGCAGCAGCAGCAGCACGCGCAUAGGGACGCCUCGCAUCAGCAGGAGCAGCACGCGCAUAGGAACGCCUCGCAUCAGCAGCAGCAACAGCAGUUGUGGCUGCGGCGAGACCAGGCCGCCGCCGCGGCAGCGGCGUCCGGAGACGCUGCAGCGAGAACAGCGUCUCAGUUCGACGCCGUGGACUCGAGUUCUCAAGAAUGGAAAGCGCAAUUAAAUAUACCAGCUCCAGAUACACGCUAUAGGACAGAGGAUGUCACCGCAACAAAAGGCAAUGAGUUUGAAGAUUAUUUUUUGAAACGUGAACUGCUUAUGGCAAUUUACGAAAAAGGAUUUGAAAGGCCAUCUCCAAUUCAAGAAGAAAGCAUUCCAAUUGCUCUUACUGGAAGUGAUAUUCUUGCAAGGGCGAAAAAUGGCACUGGAAAGACUGCUGCAUUUUGCAUUCCAGCACUUGAAAAAAUUGACCCUGAGAAAAAUGCCAUACAAGUUGUUAUAUUGGUACCAACAAGGGAACUGGCCCUGCAGACUUCACAAGUCUGCAAAGAGCUUGGGAAGUACCUGAAUAUUCAAGUUAUGGUCAGUACUGGAGGAACUAGCUUGAAGGAUGACAUCAUGCGUUUAUACCAACCUGUUCAUUUACUCGUUGGGACACCUGGCCGGAUACUGGAUCUUACCAGGAAGGGCAUUUGCAUGCUGAAUGAUUGUUCAAUCCUCGUCAUGGAUGAGGCAGACAAGCUAUUAGCUCCAGAGUUCCAGCCUUCUGUGGAGCAAGUUAUUCAUUUCCUUCCAGCUAAUCGGCAGCUAUUGAUGUUUUCAGCAACCUUUCCUGUAGCUGUCAAGGCAUUCAAAGAGAAAUAUCUGCCUAGACCUUAUGUUAUUAAUCUUAUGGAUGAACUUACACUGAAAGGAAUAACACAAUACUAUGCAUUUGUGGAAGAAAGACAGAAGGUUCAUUGUCUGAAUACACUUUUCUCAAAGCUUCAAAUCAAUCAAUCCAUUAUUUUCUGCAACUCUGUUAAUAGAGUUGAGUUACUGGCUAAGAAAAUAACUGAGCUUGGUUAUUCGUGCUUCUACAUUCAUGCUAAGAUGCUGCAAGACCAUAGAAACAGAGUGUUUCAUGAUUUUCGCAAUGGCGCUUGCAGAAACCUUGUGUGCACAGAUCUGUUUACCAGAGGCAUUGACAUCCAAGCUGUUAAUGUGGUCAUUAACUUUGACUUCCCAAAGACCUCAGAGACAUAUUUGCACAGGGUUGGUCGGUCUGGGAGGUAUGGACACCUUGGUUUGGCAGUGAACUUAAUCACUUAUGAGGACCGUUUCAACUUGUAUAGGAUUGAGCAAGAACUUGGGACAGAAAUUAAGACAAUACCCCCACAGAUUGACCUGUCUGUAUAUUGCCAAUGAUCAGUGCGACAGUUUCAGAAGCAUCGAAGUUUUCUAUUUGAGAAACUACUUGGCCGUGAGGAGGCAGCGGCAGUGCGACAUACGCCCGGGCACAAGCAAGAGGCGAGCGUGCAAGCGGGGGGAUAAUCGAGUGGUUGGAGCAGCGGCGGGACCUGGUCGAUCGGUCGUCCAUCGAGCACCCGUGGCUGCAUGCCGCGGCCGGAGGCGCCUCUUGGGUGAGCCGGCAUACUGGACAAGAAGCUGCUUGAUCCAAAAUACAAGGCCACUGGUACGAGCGCGUGCGCACAUGCUGUCACCACUGAUUUUUCAGACAACGUUGUCAAAAUUGUUGCCGUCCUCACUUUGAACCGUCCUGAAGUUAUAACUAAUUUCGUUGUGUUUUCA